AUGCAGUCCAACGAAACUACAGAUGAAAGGAGUUAUAACCUACCAACAGCUGAUGAAAUCUCUGUAAUUUUACCCGGAGAUGGUUCUCAAAAGUAUGACUUCAGAGAUAUAAUACUUCAUUGCAAGGGGAAAGUAGGAUUCAAACGUAUUUCAGAGUGUCACCCUGCAUACUUGCCCCUGCAUUAUGUUUUAAUGUUUCCAUACAACGAGAUGAGUUGGCAUCCUAAUAUAAAGCAGCUGGACCUUUACAUAGGAAAACAUACUGCCAAACGGUUAGCUUUUAAAAAAAUUCACAAUUUUCGUCUCUUUGAGAGCCCGAGCGAGUAUUCUACCAUCUUAAGAGCGAACAAACUUUUUCAUGAGUACUUGGUAGAUGCUUUGGCAUCAACAGAACAAAACCAUAUUUUUUAUAUGAAGAAAAGUCGGGAUAAGCUCCGAGCAGAUUCGUAUAAGCAUACAGAGGACUCGGCAGAAUCUGGGCUGAGUCCCAAGGACUUGGGUAAACCAUAUGUAUUAUCGUCGAGUUUAAUCGGUGUUCAUAGGCAUAUGUAUGAGAUUUAUGAAGAUUCAAUGGCCAUAAUACGAUUUAAUCAUCAUCCAGAUAUCUUCCUAACAAUGACCACGAAUCUGCGUUGGCCAGAAAUUCAAGAUGCACUUGCACCACAUCAAUAUCCAUGGGAUCGUACAGAUUGCAUAGGGGUGUAUUCGAGUUACAUAGAACUAAGUUGA